GCAGAGCAGACCGCCGCAUUUUUCUGCCAGAUUCUUUCGUUUCGUGUCAAAACUUGUCGAAUAAGCAUAAUUUUAUUGAUAUUCGAGGUGCAGCGCGUACUCAAAAUAAUUUCCCCACAAUGUCAUGCGUGUCUAUCUCGCCCGAGCACGCGGAAAGUAGCCUCCGAAUUAUGGAGAGUUAUCUGCACAAGCAACAGCUAACAGACGUCACGCUGAUCGCGGGAAAUAAGCGUGUCCCAGCUCAUCGAUUAGUACUCAGUGCUGGCUUAGAAUAUUUUGCUGCCAUGUUCACAAACCCUCUGCGAGAGUCGGCACAAAAUGAAAUAGAAUUAAUAGAUGUUGAUGGAGAUGCUUUAUGGGCUUUGGUUCUUUAUUGUUAUACAGGUUGCGUAGAAUUGCAGGAAGAUAGCGUAGAGACUUUACUUGCAACAGCAUGUUUGUUACAAUUGAAUCCAGUUAUUAAAGCGUGCUGUCAGUUUCUCGUCAAACAACUUCACCCAAGCAACUGUCUGGGCAUACGGAUGUUCGCCGAUACGCAGGGUUGUUCGGAAUUGCUUGAAUACGCACACGCAUACACUACCAAACAUUUCAUGGAAGUUACAAAAAAUCAAGAAUUCUUACUGCUAUCUGCCAAUGAAGUUGCAAAGUUACUUGAAUCUGAGGAUCUUAAUGUUCCUUCAGAAGAAACUAUCUUUCAUGCUCUAGUGACUUGGCUGGAACACGAUCCAGAAAACAGGAGCAAAGAUGCCAGUAAAUUAUUAGGUUUAGUCAAAUUACCAUUGCUAUCACCCGCGUUCAUAGCUGACAAUAUUGAGAAUAACGAAUUGUUCAAAGACCAAAGAAUGGUGCAGGAAUUAGUAAUGGAAGCAUUGAAGUAUCAUUUGCUGCCUGAGCGAAGACCUUUGCUUCAAACAGGCAGAACGAAACCCAGAAAAGCCACUCUGGGUACGUUGUUAGCUAUCGGAGGGAAUGACGAUAAUGAAGAUGCAACAUCUAUAGAGGCAUUUUCAUUACGCGAUAAUGCCUGGAAAUCUUUAGCAGCCAUGAGCUACAGAUUAGAAUUUGGCGCAGUGGUAGUCGAUGAAAAAUUGAUUAUCGCGGGCGGUAUGGACGGUAUGGACAAUUUUAAAACAUUGAACACAGUAGAAUGCCUCGAUUUCUCCACUCUUACGUGGAGCACUCUACCACCUAUGAAUGUUCAUCGAUCAGGAUUAGGAAUGGCAGUCUUAGGUGGACUUUUAUAUGCUGUUGGUGGUCACGACGGUCGUUGUUUUCUUAAUGCGGUAGAGAGAUGGGAUCCGGGAACAGGUCAGUGGAGUUCAAUAUGUCCUAUGUCCGUACAAAGAUGUGGAGUCGGUGUAGCUGUGUUAAAUGAUAGAUUGUAUGCCGUAGGAGGAAGAGAUUUCAGUUCCUGCUUAAAUACAGUAGAAUGUUACGAUCCGCACACGAACAAAUGGACACCGUGCGUACCUAUGUCGAAGAGACGAGGCGACGUAGGCGUAGGAGUAGUGAAUGGUUGUCUUUAUGCACUCGGUGGUGUCGACGAUUUACUUACCAAUCUCAAUGAAACUAGCAGAUUCGACUGUGUAGAAAGAUAUGAUCCUAAAACCGAUACGUGGACUAUGGUUGCGCCAAUGAGUGUGCCCCGGAGUAGAGUUGGUGUGUGCGUAUUAGGUGACCGACUUAUGGCCGUGGGAGGAGAUGACGGCCAACAAUAUCUCACACUAGUGGAAGCCUAUGAUCCACAUCUCAACGAAUGGGAACCUGUUGCUCCUCUUAAGGAUGGCUAUGCGGGACCCUGUGUUGUUGUAAAAAAUUUAACCAAUAACAUGUAGAUUAUUUUUACUAAACAAUCAGUAAUUGGACUUGCUAAUUAUGCAAUUUAUAUUUGUAAUUACAUAUGAUUUAAGUGUUUCAGAAAUAUGACAGAUUCUGCUCUCUUGUGAUAUUGCAUGCAUGUUAAAUUAGUUACAUUAUUUUCCUGAAACAAUUUAAGAUAUAUCUACAUUUAAAUAAGUAUUAUAUUUCUUCUUAGCAUGUAACAAUUUUUAUAGCAUUUUUACAUUUUUGUACUGUAUUGAAAAAAUUUCAGCCAUUGUAACUAUCAAACAUUAUAUUUGACACUUGUUUGUACAUGAUGAUAAUGAUUAGUUCCUUUAAAUCCCAAGUGGAACAUAAGAUCUCCUAUAAGGUUUCAGUAAUCGGUUUAAUCGCAGACAGCAUGUCUAAAGAACAUUGUAAAGACAUCUUUAAGAUAACUUUUAGAUGUACGUGUCUAAGGCUGCGGUCCAUUUGAUGUUACAAGUGCUUCGAAGCGUUCUUUUUCUUCUUCUUUCUUCAUUGAAAGAAAGGAGAAGAAGAAUGUUUCGAAGCAUUUGUAGCAUCAAAUGGACCACAGUAAGAAAAAUCUUAAAGACGUCUUUACGACGUCUUUUUGGAUAUGCGUGUUGUCUGGGUUGAAAUAAAAUAUUAUUGUAGUCUAUCCCUUACAGAAAUUUAAUACUGUAAGUGAUUAUUUGG